AUGCAGAAGUACAUCAGGUGGGAUCCGGCUCAUGAGGAAAAGGUCUUAAAGAAACUCAAUACUAGGGCACAAGAGGCCUAUAACAAGUGGAUGAGUGAUAUUCGAGUAUAUACAAUUAUAUACAUACGCACAGAGCGACUAUACCGAUGCCGCCGCACGAAUUCUCUUCGCCGACGACCGCGCAGCCUGCACACAGCCACCGCCGGCAAGAAGGUUUCGCACGCUUUGGUGAAUCUUGUUCGAGGUAUUAUUCUGAUUAUCGAGGUUUCACACGCUUUGGUGAAUCUUGUUCGAGUAUGUCGACGGAAGAAGAGGAGAACACAACGGAACUUAAAAUCCCCGAUGGUAUUGGUUGAAGGCGGAGGUGAUCCCAUUGACAUAGUGAAGUUUUUUGUCACGGCUGCUACAGUUUUGAAGGCCAUGCUCAAUCUACAAACGGCAUCUCAAGCGCAAACACUGAGGUUGUCCACGUCAAGCCAAUCGACUGGACAUUCAAAGAUCUCGUUCGUCACCCGUAACUGCCGUAUAUGUUCACACUUAAUGCUGUAUGGGACGAUGCAACGUUGAACAUAUUUCUAUGAUGAUUAACUUUUGUUUGUGGGUUGAUACUAACUGAGUUAUUUUUGUUUGUUGAA